UUGUGAUGUUGUUGAUCUAAACGUGUGACUUUUGAAUGAAUAUUGGACGAUUUCGCUGCGGCUUGAGUCUGGGCAGGUACUUUGGAGGAAACCCGAUCCGGUUGAGGAGGCAAAUGUAAACAGUGUCUGCCGGUGGAAGAAUGCCGUCAUCCUGCUGUGCCGUGGGUUGUCAGAAUAGAAAGAGCACACAGAAAGACUUAAUCUUCUACAGAAUUCCUGCUGGUAAACAUCCCUUCCACAAAAAUCGGCGGAAGUUGUGGUUGCAGGCAUUAAGACGCGAGGACUGGUCUGAGGAGGAACUAAAGAAUGCUCGUCUGUGCAGUGCACACUUCAGAUCUGGAAAAGCGUCAAUGGACCAUGGUAGUCCAGACUUUGUUCCUUCUGUAUUUUCAGAAACAUUAGCUGUUACAGCAAGUGGACACUCAAAGCUUGAAAGACAUCAACGCAAAAAUGGGCGUCAGGAGUCACAGGUGACAAGGAACCCUGAUGAUGGAGAAACAGAUGCUAUAAAUGCUGCAGAGGGUUUAGUGAGCCUUCAUUCACAAGUGACUGACAAUGCCAAAUGUAUGCAGCAAAGGCGUCAACUUGAAACCCCUCUCCAAAGACUACUGCGAAAUAAAGCCCGUGCUGAAGACAUGCGCCGAAUCAGGCAGCAAAAGAAGUCCGCUCAUAGAACGCAGCGCUUGGAAAGCGAUGCCUCACCACAUCAGUAUGUUUUGUUCGGUGAACCGUCACCAGAUAGAGUACAGCGCUUGGAAAGCGAUGCCUCACCACAUCGACAAGUACGACAAAGUGAAACAUCGGCAGAAAGAACGCAGCGCUUAGAAAGUGAUGAUGCCUUACGACAUCAACAAGCGCAACAAUACAUGUCCGUCACGGUCCAGAGUCGCGGUGAGGCCGGGGGCGGGGUUGUGGCUCACCUCCAGUGCGCCACCUGUGGUCAUUACUCAAAGAGCCACGCCCACCAGCUGUCCCACAUGGCGGCGUCCCACCCGGCGGCGCUGAACAGCCUUGCGAUGGGUCGCCUUGGAAACAUCCUCAUGUACCAGAGCACGGCGCGGCUCUUCCACUGCUCCUCCUGCUUCUUCACCAGCCGAGACUUCACCAAACUGUACCAGCACAUCAUCGCAGAGCACUGCGCCGACGCCGAGGAGGAAGACGACGGUGGCGGUGAGGACAAGGACAAGGCGGGGGACGAGGAGAAACCCGGGGACGAAGAGGAGGAGUCUCUGAAGAGGAAGAGGAGCGGCGAGGCCGAAGAGGAGGCGGAGGUGAACAACGACAAAGCGGAUGGCGAAGGGCCGGGCGAAAACAUGCUGCUGUUCGAAGGGGGCGGAUACCGCUGCCUCAUCUGCGGCUGGAAGAACAAGCUCAAGUCUCUGGGCGUCAACCACGUCGUACGCAAACACGACAUCCCCAAAGCGUUCGCGUCGCAGGCUGUCAAACGGGACACCGCCGCCGCCAUGGGCCACGGGUCAUGGGCGGAGGAGGAAGUGGCGGCGGCUGCCACCACAUCCGGGCUUAGCGGUGACAUGCUGAGGGAGGAGGUGGAGGCCACGGCCAAGGUGGUGCGCUUCAUCUCCAACCGCUUCGUCUGCCUGAUGUGUGGAUGGAAAACCAAACUGAGAGGGUUCGCCAUCAGCCACGUGGUGCGGAACCACGACGUGGAGCGGCCGUACAGCUGCAAAGACUGCAAACGCUCCUUCUUCCUGCCCAGUCGUCUGCAGCAGCACAUUCACUCCGCCCACCGGCCCGGACGCUACGCCUGCCCCUUCUGCUGCUUCAGGUCCCACUUCCUGGGCGGAUUCCGGAGACACUGCAGCCGCUGCAACGCCCGCGAGGAGGACGGUGGGGGCGGGGACUACGAGGACGAAGGGGGCGGGGACCGCGAGGAGGAGGAGGAGGCGGCAGGGGAGGAGAGGAGGGGGAGGAGGCGGAGGAGGGCGACGGGGAGGGCGGUCAUAGUGGAGGACGACGGCGAAGAGGACGACGAUGAGUGACAAACCACCUCUCAACCGGUUUGAACGCCACGGACAAACUGAUGGUCAUGUGACAUUUGGUCGAAGAAACAAAUCUCAAGAUUAUCCGAUAAAAACACAUGUAGGUGUUUGACGUGAAAACGGGCAAAUCCUGUAAUGUUAAUAAACAUCGACUUGAACCAGACGUUGAGGUUCUUGUUUUGACCGUCGCCAACGCUAAACUCCACCAUUGGACGAUUAUUUUUAUCUUUAGUUUCUGUUUCAUUAACGCUGAUCAGUCUGAAGUAGAAACAGGUUCUGAAACACAAAUAAAUGUCCUGUAAAUGUAACUCUUACUUAUCAUCAUUAAGACCUGAUUCCAGUCAACUAUGAGCCAGCGGUAAUGAAUAUUUGUUAUUUAUUUACCCAAAACAUACAAAACAAACGCACCAAUCACAUCAGAAAGUGAUGAGGCGAGUCGACUAGAGCCCGCCUCCAAAAGUAAAACAUAAAAGCACCAUUCAUCUUUAACAUUCACCAAAAUAAAAGCCCAGUUUGUUCAACAUAAUCAUCCUCAUGUAACACGAGUUCAAACUCAAUGACGUCUGCUCUGACAGGUGUCGACAGGUGAAGUGGGAGGAGCCUCAGUUCUCGAUUUUUACCUCCAUCUUUGCUCUUGACCUGAUUCAAUCGGUCUUUUUUUGUUCUGACCAAUCAGCUGCUGAUGUCGGGCAGAUGUAGCCAAUCAGAGCUGGGGGAAGAGUUCUGAACAUUGCUACAUUAUUGCAGCUGAAAGCCGUCGCCAUGGUUACUGAAUUCCAAAACUGAGGGCUUCACAUUGAAUGGACUGUAUUUGUUAAUAUUAACAUGUUGCAUUUACUUACAUUGUUAUCUCUGGUUUUAUCAGUUUGGAAAUAGAAGAUUCAGAUGAUUUUUGAUUAAAUAAAUCCAUGUUAUAUUUGCAGUG